AUGCACUCCCGCAACGGACGCCCGCAGCUACACCCUGUUCCCGCCAUGCUCUCAACUACAACGACAAUGGACAACGCAGACCCUGAAGGUCAUAUUCUGGGCAUUAUUGGAGCACCUGCUGCAUGCCGCAGGAAACCACCAUCAAAUCUGCAAGGACAGACUUCUUACGAACCGGCCAAGGCAUACAUCAAACGGCAUGAAAGAUGCAACUCCUGGACGGACGAGGCUGUAUUCUUCGCCACGCCUCGUCGACUCCUCCCUUGCCAUCAAUCGGAGCUCAAAAUGCAUCGAACCAUAUCAAUCACACCCCGUCGCACGGCAUGA